AUGUCCGCUUUUCUCAGCAUGGCCAAGUCACAUGAGAAGACAGAGAUGCGUAAAGGAAAGUCUUCUUUGACAGGGAAGACUUUAUUUGCAUCAUCGUGGGUCGAGGAGGAUGAGUCAAUUCUACUUCCCGUUAAAAAGCUUGUGGGUGGGCUUAUGUUAGCUGGAGCCCCUCUGACACACAGUGAGCGUGUGUGGGAAGCAAUGAAGAUUGCUCCGCGUGACGUGGAGUCCAUUACACUUUUCAGGCUACGCCAUUUGAUGCCUGGGGAGCAACAGAAGCUGGUGACAAACAUGAUACGCUGCACCAACCCUCUCUGAUUUCUCUUCUCUUUUAAAAACUGCUACUUUUGCUUUUGGAACUCUUGAUGCUUUCGUUUGCGUUCUUUUGAUGACUGGUGACAUGGUUUCUUUUAUUAAUGCUUUCUAAACUCUUCUUUCUAAACCCAUAAUGCUUUCUAAACCUCUUAUGUUGCUUAGUUGCCUGCAGCUAUAAUUAUACAAAUGUUGAACUUAUAAUUUCAAUUUGGUUCCUAACCGAG